CUGGUGCGGUCAGUCCUUAAAUACUGCAGCAACUCCACACCGAAUCUCACAUUUUUCUUCAACAAAACGCGAAGAGAAACUUGAGCGUCAUGACUGGAAGAGGAAAAACUGGAGGAAAAGCCCGCGCCAAGGCAAAGACUCGCAGCUCUCGCGCCGGUCUGCAGUUCCCCGUUGGACGUGUUCAUCGUCUUCUGAGAAAAGGCAACUAUGCUGAGAGGGUAGGAGCUGGUGCUCCUGUCUACCUGGCCGCUGUUCUUGAGUAUCUCACCGCUGAGAUCCUCGAGUUGGCGGGAAACGCCGCAAGAGACAACAAGAAGAGUCGUAUUAUCCCUCGUCAUCUUCAGCUGGCUGUCCGAAACGAUGAAGAGUUGAACAAACUGCUCGGCGGAGUGACCAUCGCUCAGGGUGGUGUUCUGCCCAACAUCCAGGCCGUUCUCCUGCCCAAGAAGACCGGCCAAGUUGCACCCAGUUCUGGUAAAUCUGGCAAGAAAGGCUCAUCCCAGUCACAGGAGUAUUGAGAGUAAUGCUGUGACGAACUGAUUCAACCAAAAAGGCCCUUUUAAGGGCCACCCAGCUCAUCUGAAAAGAUCAAAUUUCCACUUUAACUAAUAAAUUAUGUCUUGCUUUUUACACAAUAAAUGUUUUUUUUAUA